AUGUCCAGUAGCGCUCGUCCGGCAUCGGGCGGCGGCGGAGGUGGUGGAGGAAUCAGAGGGUUCUUCUCAAAACUACGAAAACCCUCCGAUCUUUCGGUGAAUGGACAGGUUCAGAUCGGGGAUCGGACAUUCGAUGCGCAAGAACUGCAGAAACUCGUGCCUCAACUUGAAGAAGCCAUUGAAAAACGUGAUCGACAGCUCAAGCAACAGCAGCAUGUUGUCGAUUCGCAUUUGAAGAGAAUAGCCGAACUCGAAGGAGAGGUCACCACUUUGCAGAGAGAAUGCGACAAAUUGCGAUCGGUAUUGGAACAGAAAGCAACUUCCGCCGCUAGCCCUGCGCCAACUGUUGCUCAAUCACCAAAGGACAGUGAUUUACCCGGCACUGAAAGCGCAACACCUCGAGAAGAUGUGCGUGAACGCGCCAAGAAGAUGGCCGUGUCCGCCGAGCCGACAAAACUUGAUCAGCACAAGGCCACUCUUCAACAUCACAGCAAAACAGCAGGCUCCAAACAAUUGAUCCGUGAUGCCGUGCACAAGAACGAUUUCCUCAAGCAGCUGGCAAAGGAACAAAUCAUUGAACUUGUCGAGUGUAUGUAUGAAAUGCGAUGCAGAAGCCAGCAAUGGGUGAUUCAAGAAGGAGAACCGGGAGAUCGACUUUUUGUUGUAGCAGAGGGUCAAUUGCAAGUUUCGCGUGAGGGUCAAAUUUUGGGAACAAUGAAUCCAGGAACGGUGAUGGGAGAGCUUGCUAUUCUUUACAAUUGCACAAGAACUGCUUCCGUCCAAGCAAUCACUGAUGUCGUGCUCUGGGUUUUGGAUCGAUCCGUUUUCCAAAUGAUCACUAUGCGAUUGGGAAUGGAAAGACACACGCAACUGAUGAAUUUCUUGUUGAAGGUCACAAUCUUUGAAAACCUCUCGGAAGAUCGCAUUUCAAAAAUCGCCGAUGUUUUGGACCAAGAUUAUUAUGCAGGAGGCCAUCAUAUUAUCAGACAGGGCGAAAAGGGAGAUGCCUUUUUCAUCAUCAACAGUGGUCAAGUCAAAGUCACACAACACAUCGAAGGUGAAGCAGAGCCGCGCCAAAUCCGAACCUUGAAUCAGGGAGAUUUCUUCGGCGAACGUGCGUUGUUGGGUGAAGAAGUUCGAACUGCUAACGUUAUUGCAAUGUCACCAGGAGUUGAAGUACUAACAUUGGAUAGGGAGUCAUUCCUGAAACUCAUCGGCGAUAUUGAUGCGGUGAAAAAAGAUUAUGGUGACAGUGCAAGGCAAGAACGACUUGCUAGAGUCGCUCCUCAUGAACCCCCAAGUCCAACCAAGACGUCUACCGAAAGAGCUCAAAUUGUGGAAGAAUUCUCGAACGUGAAUUUGAAAUCUUUGAAAAGAAUUGCGACUCUUGGUGUUGGGGGCUUUGGCCGAGUGGAAUUAGUGUGUAUCAACGGGGAUAAAGCAAGAACGUUUGCUCUAAAGGCUCUCAAGAAGAAACACAUUGUGGAUACGCGCCAACAGGAACAUAUUUUUGCCGAGAGAAACAUCAUGCUUGAAACCAAUACAGAUUGGAUUGUCAAAUUGUUCAAGACGUUCCGCGAUACAAAGUAUGUCUACAUGCUAUUGGAAGUAUGCCUUGGUGGCGAAUUAUGGACUACACUACGUGACCGUGGUCACUUUGAUGAUUAUACUGCCAGAUUUUUCGUGGCUUGUGUGCUUGAAGGCCUCGAAUACUUGCAUCGCAAAAACAUCGUCUACAGAGAUCUGAAGCCGGAGAAUUGCCUCUUGACAAACACUGGUUACUUAAAAUUGGUCGACUUCGGUUUUGCUAAAAAGCUUGCCUCUGGAAGAAAAACAUGGACAUUCUGUGGCACUCCUGAAUAUGUGUCACCCGAAAUCAUCCUCAAUAAAGGACAUGACCAAGCAGCUGACUAUUGGGCAUUAGGCAUUUACAUCUGUGAGUUGAUGCUUGGUCGUCCACCAUUCCAAGCUCCGGAUCCAAUGAAAACCUACACUUUAAUCUUGAAAGGAGUUGACGCACUUGAGAUUCCAAACAGGCGAAUCGGAAAAACCGCAACAGCACUUGUCAAAAAGCUUUGCCGUGACAACCCAGCUGAAAGACUUGGCAGUGGCAGUGGAGGAGUGAACGAUAUCAGAAAGCACCGCUGGUUUAUGGGCUUUGAUUGGGAAGGACUGCGUUCAAAAACACUCAAGCCGCCCAUUAUUCCAAAGGUCAGCAACCCAGCCGACAUGUCGAACUUCGACAACUACCCGCCAGAUCAAGAUGUGCCGCCAGAUGAGUUCAGUGGAUGGGACGAAGGCUUC